CACAAUGCAACAUUGCACGGCCAAUUUUGCUUGGUAUCUCGGAAAGUUCAUCGUCAUAUCUGCCGGGAUGUUAGUUCUUUACGUCGGUUUCCUGAGAGAAAGUGAGAAGAUUUGCGUGUGCCACGCCAGAAUAAGAGAAUUGCUGAGGCAGGAGUUCGAAAAAGAGCAGCGGUUUAGAUGCAAAUGCGCGAAAGGAAUGCGAAAUAAAUAUUAUCCGUGCGGAUGCGACAAGCCGAUACACUUGCUGCAAGACGACAUGGCGAUUGCGAAUGAACACAUCGUACGUGCUUGCGCGGGAAGUCGUUGUUGCGCCAGAAGAAAUUCUUACUGAAAGAUACCAUGGUUUUUUUUCCCAUUAUAUGAACAAAUAUAUUAAAUAUUUAUAUUAAUUACGUAUAAACGACACACAGACGUGUGUGAUUAAGUUAUAGAAAACAAACUUAUUUGUCAUUUUAAUUCAAAAAUUUUGAUGCGUAAGUGUUGAAUCGUAAAUUGUUCAUUUUCAAAAGUACGUGUUACGUGCAUACGUGUACGCGCGCGCGCGCAUAAAAGAAAUAUUAAUGUCAGUCGAGAAUAGAUUGAAGCGUAUGAGCUGUCGACCCAUAUAUCUCACGCAUAUUAUUGUGCAUAAUAAUAAUAUGUAAUCUGGCGAUAGACAGCAGUUAUGAAUGUACACGUAUAAUUGGCAACUAUAAGCGAGUUACACACACACACACACUCUUUCUCUCUUUCUCUCUCUCUCUCUCUCUAGGAAACUUCUAUGAAUAAAUUCGACAUACAAGAGUGACAUGCCUGGACGCACGUUUCGAAAAUCUGAAACUCGAUUAAUACGCGUCCCAUCUGUAGGUGAAGAGUCUAUAAGUAGAUACUGUGCGCGGACAAGAGAGAUACAGAAACAGAGAAAAAGAAAGAGAGAGAGAGAGAGAGAAAGAGAGAAAGAGGACGUCAGUCAUAUUCCCAUAUUAUUUAUAUUGACCUGAAAGACGAGACUUCUACUACAUUCUGCUAAAGAGGUGACCAUUUCGACUGAUACGUGUGUGUAAUACUUCGGUGAUACACACUACACACAGCGCACGUGUUGCCGAUUGUACGAAAUCGGAAGUUUUGACUUAACGUUAUAAUUAUUAAGUAAAAAAAUAAAAUCACUCGGAAACAGAAAA